AUGGCCUCGACUGCUUUCACCGUCCCCACCCAGGACCAGGUCCUCGUCCCUGAGACCCUCCUGAAGAAGCGCAAGAGCCAGGAGCAGGCUCGCGCUGUUGCCCGUGAGGAGGCUCAGAAGAAGAAGGAGGCCAGCAAGAAGAAGCGUGAAGCCAUCUUCAAGCGCGCCGAGUCCUACGUCAAGGAGUACCGCGAUGCUGAGCGUGAGAAGAUCCGCCUUGCUCGUGUCGCUCGCCAGCAGGGCAACUUCUACGUUGCUGAUGAGCCCAAGCUGGUCUUCGUUGUCCGUAUCAAGGGUAUCAACAAGAUCUCUCCUCAGCCCCGUAAGAUCCUGCAGCUGCUCCGUCUGCUCCAGAUCAACAACGGCACCUUCAUCCGCCUCACCAAGGCCACCCAGGAGAUGCUGACCAUCAUCAACCCCUACAUCGCCUACGGUUACCCCAACCUCAAGAGCGUCCGUGAGCUCGUCUACAAGCGCGGAUACGGCAAGGUCAACAAGCAGCGUGUUCCCCUCACCGACAACCAGGUCAUCGAGGAGAACCUCGGCAAGUACGGCAUUGUCUGUAUGGAGGAUCUGAUCCACGAGAUCUACACUGUUGGCCCCAACUUCAAGCAGGCCAACAACUUCCUGUGGCCCUUCAAGCUCUCCAACCCCACCGGUGGCUUCCGUACCCGCAAGUUCAAGCACUACAUCGAGGGUGGUGACACUGGUAACCGUGAGGAGAACAUCAACGCUCUCAUCAGACAGAUGAACUAG